GGGCACCCUAGGGAGGGAGCUUCCAGACCAGACUUGUCCUCCGUCCCGACCCCACCCAGCCCCAAACCACCAUGUGUGAUACCAGCUGCCCUGCGAGCUGCCAGCCAGCCUAUUGUGUGCCCAGCUCCUGCCAGGAGAUUCGCUGUGUGCCCAGCUCUUGCCAGCCGGCCUGCCCUGCCCAGGGCUGCGGGAGCUCCUGCAGUGCCCGCCGUGUGUCUCUGCUGUGCCAACCUGCCGGCAGGUGCCCAUCCCCAUGCUGCCCAGUGGCCUUCUACUGCGAGCCCAGCCCCUGCCAGGCAUCCUGCUGUGUGCCCGGGAGCUGCCAGCCAGCAGUGUGUGUCCCUGUGAGCUGCAGGCCCGUGUGUGUCCUCGUGAGCUGCCAGCCCACCGUGUGUGUGGCCCCCACCUGCCAGCCCUCCUGCCCUGCCCUCAUCUGCAGGCCCCUCCCCUGUGGAACCCCUUCCUGUUACAAUGUUCAAGUGGUGUGUACUGCUGUUGGUAACCUAGGAAUCCUUCAGAAAAUAAGACACAUGGACGAGGGUUUCCUGGGCAGAGCUGUAUAUAAGCUCCAACCACCUAAGAACAUCACACAGCCUCACCCAUCCACUCCCUCACACACUCACACCUCUUCCAGCCCCAUCGCCUCCACCAUGGCGGUCUCCACCCUGUCCGUCUGCUCCAACGACUUGAGCUAUGACUGUCCAGAGAGCUACUGCGAGCCCCCCUGCUGUGCCCCCAGCUGCUGCGCCCCGGCCCCCCGCCUGACCCUCCUUUGUGCCCCAGUGAGCUGCGAGUCCAGCCUCUGCUGCCAGCCAGCCUGCAGCAGCUCCUGCCCAGCCUCAUGCUGCCAGCAGUCUAGCUGCCAGCCUUCCUGCUGCACCUCCUCCCCUUGCCAGCAGGCCUGCUGUGAGCCUGUCUGCUGCAGGUCUGUCUGCUGUACACCUGUCUGUUGCACACCUGUGUGCUAUGAAGCCUCCCCCUGUUCUACUUCCUCAUGUUGCCAGCAGUCCAGCUGCCAGCCCUCCUGCUGCACCUCCUCCCCCUGCCAGCAGGCCUGCUGUGAGCCCAUCUGCUGCACACCUGUCUGCUGCACACCUGUCUGCUGUGAGGCCUCCCCCUGCUGCAGACCCUCCUCCUCCUCUGUGUCCCUCCUCUGCCGCCCCGUGUGCAUCCCUGCCUCCUCCUGCCAGCCCAGCUGCUGCCGCCCAGCGUCCUCCGUGUCCCUCCUCUGCAGGCCCGUGUGCUGCCCCGCCUGCUGCGUGCCCACCUCUUCCUGCCAGCCCAGCUGCUGCCUCCCGGCCUCCUCUGUGUCCCUGCUCUGCCGGCCCGCGUGCCCCCGCCCCACCUGCUGCAUCCCCGCCUCAGCCCCAGAGCCCUGCUGCUGACCAGGCACAUCCCCCCAGGGCCAGCCAGGCACCACAGGGCAACCCCCCAUCACCAGCCUCAUGACCGCCUUCAGGGUUUCUCCAGGAGCUGCUCUGAGCUACUUGGACACCCCCUCGUCCUUUCUGCCCAGGAGUGGGGUCCCCUCAAACUCCAGAUGACCAUGCCCGUGCCCACUGCCCACUCCUCCUGGGACCCAGUGCUCAGGCCUGGGGACCAGGUUUCACAAUCCAGGCCCCAGUGGUCUCACCUCGGAAGCUGCUUGAAAACAUGAUAAACUUGACUGCAUUUA